AUGCGUUUCCUCACCUUCGGCCUGCUAGGCGUCGCCUUGCAAGCGGCGGCGUAUACGCCCCUCAACGUCACGGCCAUCACAACUCGCGACGGUUACUCGGUGCUCGAAUGCUGGCAAAUUGAAUCUGUCCCCGUCGAGGCGCGUGCAGCCAUCAACUACGAAUUCGGCGGUGACCUGACCCGCGCAGAAUGGUCCAUCAUCAAACCUCGGACGACGGUUGGCGAGGCGUGGGCACCGGCUGUGCAGUUGACAGUCAUCAUGAACGGUCUAAUCCGCAUCACAUCCCCCGCUCCCCAAAAUAGCUCGCGAGCGAUGCCGCUCCCCGAUUCUGACGCUCCGCAACGGCCAGAGACAACGGUUGCGUACAUUCAGCCAGGCACGGUAUCCUCGUCGCUCGUCAUCGCGGCCGACUUGAAGAACACCAGUAUACACGCCGGACAUUUUACAGAGUUCCCUGGCGAUGAGCCAACGGUGCUGUUACAGGUGCCCUGGGCUGGAAACAUUGCACCGAAGUACCGCGUCCUGGGGGAUGGGCCUUGUGAGAAGGGAGCGUGGACAUUCUGA